AUGGUGCUCUCGCUGCCGGUCCCAAGCUUCUACAGAUCGUCGGCCUCACCUCCACACCCCGCUGACGGCUCACCCGCACAGUCCCGACACCGAAGUUCAGCCUCAUCCUCGAGCUCCACCAGUCGCUGGAAGCCUGCUGCUCUCAGCAUCUCUUCUCCAAAUCAUUCCAUCACUCUCGAAGCCCUACGCAAUAAUCCUUUCGGCAAUUCACGGUCGCGCGGCUCCGCUCAGUUCUCACUCAGCGAGACUGAGGAACAAAGGCGGGAGCAGGAGGAACUCAACGCGGCACUAGAGACUUUAGUACGCGUAUUUCCUGACGUGAAGGUUGAGGUGUUCCGGGAGCUACUCGUGCACUUUGACGGUCAGAGCCGGGUGCAGGUGUGCGUUGAGGAGCUACUCAGGAACAAAAAGAAAUGGGUGUCGGGGCGGUGGAACAUCCUAGAGGGAAACGGUGAAGCCGAUGCAGAGGCACAGGCUCAUGCAGGUCCUGAUGGUUAUUCCAACGACGAUUUUGCUCAAAAUGACGCCGAACAGCGUGGUCUUGUUCCACCCGAGGAGCGGUUUCGCUCUGAUGAAUACAAGGCCACCGUGAGGAUCGCCUUGGGCAAGGAAUUCAACAGUCUCAGCAGGAGUAUUGUCGAAGCGGUGCUAGCCGAAGCGAAUUACAGUUAUGCUCGGGCACGGCCGACGCUACAGGAUCUAUCGCGUCGGACCUGGCGCGCGACUAUCAACAGUCUUUUGCCGUUCCGACGAAAGAAAGACCGUGAUGAGCAUCCUUUCAUGGUCUGGCAUCGUCGAGCAGAUGGAGAGAUAGUCCCCAGUCUGAGAGAAACAGGCUGCAGUGAGCUGGAUGACGAGCUCGAUGAGUUGCUACUUACACCCUUGAUACGACAGAAGCGCGAAGAGCAGGAAGACAAAGACUUUAGAUUUGCAUCGGACUUGAAUGAAAAAGAAGCUCAAGAUGUCGAUGCGCUAUAUGAAUGCGAGUGUUGUUUUGCGGAUGUGACAUUCGAGCAGAUCGCGACAUGUUCGGCCAACACUCACAUUAUUUGCUAUCACUGCAUCCAAAGAACGGCCCAUGAAGCACUGUUUGGACAAGGUUGGAGCAAAUCUGUGGACUUGGAACGCUCUACUCUAAAGUGUCUCGCUCCGCUCUCGGUUGGAUCCUGCGAUGGAUGUCUUCAUCCCCAGAUCGUCCGGCAAGCUAUACUUCUCGAUACAGCUGGCGUAGAAACAUACCGCAAAUUCGAGGACCGGCUCUCCUCCGAGGUGCUUUUAAAGUCACAGUUGAAGCUCGUCCGAUGCCCAUUCUGCUCCUAUGCUGAAAUCGAUCCUCUUUAUCACCCUUCAUCCCGCGGUGUCUGCUGGCGCAUCCGCCGUGAUGGCGGCAUCAUCCCUACAAUUUUAAUGACCCUCCUUCUUCUUGAUAUUGUCUCUUUUCUCCUGAUACCCGUCCUCGUUCUUCACAUUCUGGACCCCGCUGCCAUCACAACAUUGUUCGCCAGUUCUAUACGCAACCUCUGCCUCAAAAUGCGCCCUAAACGAUUCACGUGUGCCAACCCCUCUUGUCUACGCCUUAGCUGUAUGACCUGUCAAAAACCAUGGAGAGACCCGCAUGUCUGCCACGAACCUCUCCUUCUAGAUCUACGCGCCACAGUCGAAGCUGCUCGCACCGCAGCUGUAAAACGCACAUGUCCCCGCUGCUGCCUCUCCUUUGUCAAAUCCUCAGGCUGCAACAAACUAACCUGCGUCUGUGGCUAUUCCAUGUGCUACCUCUGCCGCAAAGCCUUGGGCCCACCGAUUCGACAAUCCACAGGGCGUGGACAAGCACGUGAAAACGUUCAACCACCCCGUGGCCUCGGCGUCUACGACGGACCAGGCGAUGAACCCAAUCCCUUCGAUGAAGGCGGCAACAUCUUAGACGACGACGAAUUCGAAGAACCAGAAGGCUACCAGCACUUCUGCGAACACUUCCGAAUCAAUCCCGGGUCCCGCUGUACCGAAUGCACGAAAUGUAAUCUUUACCAGGCGGAAGACGAAGAAGCCGUUGCCCGCCGCGCAGGCGAGAAAGCUGAGCGCGAAUGGCGCAUUCGUCAGGGUGUCAGCACUGACAAUGCUACGGCGUCUGCUGUUGGAUUCCGGAAUAUCAAUCAGGAUCUCUCGGCUGGAACUGAUGGUUUUGCUAACCGUCGUGCGUCGACUUCGAUGUGGGAUAUGCAAUUCGGACCAUCUGGGAAGCCUUGGGAUUAUUGGGUCUUUGACGUUUGGUCUCAUGGGAGGUGGAAGCUUGAAGGUCAGGCUUUCGUGGAUUGGGUUGUGGAAUGCAUCGUCGUGAUCGAUGAAGUAUGA